AUGCCCUUAGAUGUCCUGGGCCGCACGCGCGCUACACUGAAGGAAUCAGCAUGUUCUCCCUGGCCUAGAGGCCCGGGCAACCCGCUGAAACUCCUUCGUGCUGGGGAUUGGGGUUUGCAAUUAUCCCCCAUAAACGAGGAAUUCCUAGUAAGCGCGAGUCAUAAGCUCGCGUUGAUUACGUCCCUGCCCUUUGUACACACCGCCCGUCGCUACUACCGAUUGAAUGAUUUAGUGAGGUCUUCGGACCGACACGCGGUGGCUUCACGGCCGUCGGCGUUGCUGGGAAGUUGA